AACCAGAGCGAGGGGGCACCACCACUACUCAUCAAAGAACCAGAGCGAGGGGGCACAGCCACUACUCAUCAAAGAACCAGAGCGAGGGGGCACAGCCGAUACUCAUCAAAGAACCAGAGCGAGGGGGCACCACCACUACUCAUCAAAGAACCAGAGCGAGGGGGCACCACCACUACUCAUCAAAGAACCAGAGCGAGGGGGCACAGCCACUACUCAUCAAAGAACCAGAGCGAGGGGGCACAGCCGAUACUCAUCAAAGAACCAGAGCGAGGGGGCACCACCACUAGUCAUCAAAGAACUAGAGCGAGGGGGCACCACCACUAUUCAUCAAAGAACCAGAGCGAGGGGGCACAGCCACUACUCAUCAAAGAACCAGAGCGAGGGGGCACAGCCGAUACUCAUCAAAGAACCAGAGCGAGGGGGCACAGCCGCUACUCAUCAAAGAACCAGAGCGAGGGGGCACCACCACUAGUCAUCAAAGAACCAGAGCGAGGGGGCACAGCCGAUACUCAUCAAAGAACCAGAGCGAGGGGGCACCACCACUAUUCAUCAAAGAACCAGAGCGAGGGGGCACCACCACUAUUCAUCAAAGAACCAGAGCGAGGGGGCACCACCACUAGUCAUCAAAGAACUAGAGCGAGGGGGCACCACCACUAUUCAUCAAAGAACCAGAGCGAGGGGGCACAGCUACUACUUAUCAAAGAGUCAGUCUUAAAAGAGAUGUCUGGAGGGAUAUUCUCACCCCUGGAAACCCUGCAGGAUCUGGACAAGGCCAGCUGCCACCCCCUGGCAUGUUACCUGUGCCACGAGCAGUACGAGCGCCCGUGUUUGCUGGACUGUUAUCACAGCUUCUGUGCCAGCUGUCUCCGGGGCCGGACCACGGACAACCGACUUACCUGUCCUCUCUGUGGACAGCACUCCAUAGUAAAGGGGAAUAACGGAUUGCCCCCUGUGGACCGGUUGCUAAAGUUCCUGGUGGACAGUUCCGCUGACUCUGAAGAAGUCCUACAAUGUGCCAACUGUGACCUGGAAUGCAAGAAACAGGAUGGGGACCUUAUGUACUAUUGUAAUACCUGCAACCAGCCUCUGUGUGUUAAAUGCCGAGAGGAGACUCACAAAGCCAAAAUGUUCUCCCGCCAUGAGAUCGUGACUCUGGCUAAACGUGCCAAGGACAUCCAUAAGAAGUGCCCUUUACAUGAAGAACCGUUUAUCAUGUUUUCUACGGAGAAGAAGUCAAUGUUGUGCAUCAACUGUUUCCGUGACAUGCAAGUGGAGAGCCGCGCUCAUUGCAUCGAUAUUGAAACGGCUUAUGUCCUGGGAUGUGAAAAGCUGGACCAAGCUGUCAUGACGGUGAAGGAGUUGCAGACCUCAACCCGAGAGGCGAUUUUUCUUCUGAAGGCCAUGAUCGAAGAAGUCCGCAGCAGCGCUGAGGAAGAGGAGACGUCAAUCAACACGCUCUUCAGCAGCAUGCAGGAAAAGUUGGCAGAACGCAGGAAGAGCCUCUUGAAAGCUGUCCAAUGUCAACAUGAAGAAAAGGAAAAGGCAUUUAAAGACCAGCUCUCCCACCUGGCUUCUCUACUACCCACCUUGCAAGUCCAUCUUGCCACAUAUUCAGCUUUCCUGAGCUCAGCGAACAAGGCGGAGUUCCUGGAUUUGGGUUAUCAACUAAUGGAAAGACUGCAGAAAAUUGUGAAGCUCCCGUAUCGCCUGAGACCAUCACAGAGCAGCAAGAUCAAUACAGAUUAUGGGGCGGAGUUUGCACGGUGCCUGGAACCACUGUUGAUGCUGAGCCUUCGCCGGGCUGGCAAUGUGAGCGGCGGUUGUGGAGGAGCGGGACAUGGCAACGGAAGCAUGAUCUCCAGUGGUCAGUGCUCAAAGACAUUAAUGAUACCCGGGUGUUCCUCCUGUGAUAAAAUGUCCAUCGCUGGGUCCAUCGUCCGGAAGCCCACCAUGCACCGAUACAUCAGCACCAAAGUCCUGCUGGCCGAAGGAGAGGACAACCCAUUUACCAAACAUUGCCGCAGCUAUGAGGAUACGUACCGGACCAUCCAGACAGAGAUCCAGAAUCUGAAGGACCAGGUCCAGGAGCUGCACAGAGACCUGACCAAGCACCAUUCCCUCAUCAAGACGGACACCAUGAGCGAGAUCAUCCAGAAGUCUCUGCAGGUGGACGUGCAGAUCGCCUCCGAGUAUUCCUCGGUGGAAAUUAUGAGGGUGGCAUUUGAGGAGAUUUGGGAAGAAACUUACCAAAGGGUGGCAAAUGAGCAGGAAAUUUAUGAAGCUCAGCUACACGACCUCCAGCAACUGAAACAAGAAAACGGCUACCUGACCACAAUCGCCAAGCAGAUCGCGCCGUAUGUGAGAUCCAUCGCCAAGGUCAAAGAGCGCCUGGAGCCCAGACUGAAAGAACCUCAAGAGCUGAGAGACGAUGUAUCUGAUAAAACCUCUGAAGAUUCCUCCAUGGUGGAGCUGCAUGGCAGGUAA